CUGUUUGUCUGCUCUAUUUGCCUGGCCCCAGGGACACAGCUGAUCCUUGAACUCUGAGUUCCACAUCGCCAGGACCAGUGAGCGGCGGCAAGGCCCGGGCUGGGCUUAUCAGCCUCCCAGCCCAGCCCCUGCCUGGACACAUAAAUAGGCCGGGGGAGAGCCGGCUGUUCAGAGACUGCUGGCCAUUGAGGUCAACCACAUCCCUUCAGGAUGAAAGCCGUGGUGCUGACCUUGGCGGUGCUCUUCCUCACCGGGAGCCAGGCCCGGCAUUUCUGGCAGCAAGAUGAGCCCCAGUCACCCUGGGAUCGGGUGAAGGAUUUUGCCACCGUGUACGUGGAUGCAGUUAAAGACAGCGGCAGAGAAUAUGUAGCCCAAUUUGAAGCCUCCGCUCUGGGAAAACAGCUCAACCUGAAACUCCUGGACAACUGGGACAGCCUGACCAGCACGUUCACCAAGGUGCGCGAACAGCUGGGCCCGGUGACCCAGGAGUUCUGGGACAACCUGGAAAGGGAGACACAGUCGCUGAGGGAGGAGAUGAGCAAGGACCUGGCGGAGGUGAAGCAGAGGGUGCAGCCCUACCUGGACAACUUCCAGAAGAAGGUGCAGGAGGAGCUGGAGACCUACCGUCAGAAGAUGGUGCCGCUGGGCGAGGAGCUGCGCGAGGGCGCGCGCCAGAAGUGGCUGGACCUGCAGGACAAGAUGACCCCGGUGGCCGAGGAGAUCCGCGACCGCGCGCGCGCCCACGUGGAGACGCUGCGGCAGCAGAUCGCGCCCUACAGUGACGAGCUGCGCCAGCGCAUGGCCGCCCGCUUCGAGGCGCUCAAGCAGGGCGGCAGCAGCCUGUCCGAGUACCAGGCCAAGGCCGCCGAGCAGCUGAAGGCGCUGGGCGAGAAGGCCAAGCCCGCGCUGGAGGACCUCCGCCAGGGCGUGCUGCCCGUGCUGGAGAGCCUCAAGGUCAGCAUCCUGGCCGCCAUCGACGAGGCCUCCAAGAAGCUGAACGCCCAGUGAGACGCCUCGGGCUCCCCUCGCCAGCGCUUCGGUUUCUUAGAAUAAACAUUUCCAGAGCGGGGCGGGUGGCGUGGGUUGUAUGUUUCUUUGGAGAUUCGAUGAUGAUUUUCAAACAAUAAAAAGUUCUCCAAAAA